AGCGCACCCCACACUCUUUCAGACUUCACACAGAGAGAGAAUUUUUCCGAAGCCCACCUGUAAAACCAGAGCCCUGAACCAGACGCAGAGCCAGAACCAGAGCCCCAGAGCCAGAGACCAGAUUCAGUAGCCAGCUUCAGCCUCGCCCUCAGCUUGAACACGACCUAACCAGACGGACCGGAACGACACGGUGUCCCACACGGGUGGAAGCGUCUCAGUCCCUGCGAAUCGCUGAAUUAAGCUUACCAUUAGCUUUCAACUCUCUCUCUCCCUCUUUGAAGCCUUUGUAUCAAUCUCAGUACAAAAAUGGAGCGAAUCAUGGACUUUGUUAAGCUCGAACCUUGUGGGAUAGUGUAGGUUCGAGCUUUUUUUUUUUUCUCGACUCUUUAAAUCUUCUCUCGGGAGGGUUUUCGAGCUCCACAGUUUUUUUUUUUCUUUCACCCGUCGAGCUUGAGCUUAUGGCUUGCCCAAGAUUGAAUGUUGUGAACUUGGAUCCGGAGAGGAAGAGGAGCGGUGGUUUGAGAACGAAGCAAGCAGGUAGAGGAUCGUGCCGGGGAAGUUAGUUGCUGAGAUACACAGUUUCCGAGAAAUGUACGGUCUCCGGCAGUGAGCUAUUACUUGCUUAUUUUCUUAUUCACUUUGUCUCUCUCUCCUUUUUUCGUGUGUGGGUUUCGUCGUUUUUGUUACACUAGAUAGCCAGUGUUUGAGCUCCGAAAUCUCCGUUAGACAUGGGGUAUCUGCUAAAAGAGGUGCUCAAGACUCUUUGCGGUUCGAAUCAGUGGUCUUAUGCUGUGUUCUGGAAGAUCGGCUGCCAAAACCCUAAGCUGCUAAUAUGGGAAGAAUAUCACUAUGAAUCCUCAAAUUCUUCUCUACCUGCAAGCAUUUGUGGAGCUGGGAGUACUGAGCUACCUUUUGGAGAGUGGGAAAGACUAUUGAUGUCAUCUGAAACUUGCCCUUCUCAGCUUGGAAGUCAAGUGGGAGAUCAAGUCUCGGCACUUAUUAACAAAAUGAUGAUUAGUAAUCAGGUCAAUAUAGUGGGUGAAGGAAUAGUUGGGCGAGCUGCAUUUACUGGAAACCAUCAAUGGAUUCUUUCAAAUAGUUAUGAUAAAUAUGUCCAUCCCCCAGAGAUCUUAAAUGAGAUGUGUCACCAAUUUUCAGCUGGCAUGCAGACAGUUUCUGUUAUUCCUGUUCCUCCUCACGGUGUUGUUCAAUUUGGUUCUUCCCUGGCUAUUAUGGAGAACAUAAAAUUUGUGAAUGAUGUUAAGAGUUUGAUUCUGCAAUUGGGAAGUGUUCGUGGUGCUCUUUUGUCUGAUAAUUAUUUGGUGAAGGAUUCUGCCAACAAAAUGGGGAUUCCUGGUCAUGCUGGACUGUCAUUACAUACAGAUCCAUCUGGAAUACACAAGAUGGUAAACUCUUCUGGUUAUAUGGCUGAUUGCGCGAGUCAACAUAGAUACUCUUCCCAAGUUUCAAGCUUUGUUGGUCAGUCACCUGCAUCUUUUCAGAAAGAGGUUGGGAAUAAUCAUGAAAAAAAUGCUCUAAGAUAUGAAACUGCUACAGCAAGCCUGUUGCCUAGUACCCAAGGUAACCCUUGUCAACCCAGCUUUUCUCCGGUGAUAAAAUCAAACACUUCUUUUAGGGGCCAUUUGAAGGGUAGAGUUGCAGGUGCUGAAGUGACCUCUUCGAGUUCCUGUGAGCGGCCCAAUCAUCAGGCUUCCUCAUACAGAGGAAGGUCUGGACUCAAUAACCAAUAUGGUUUUAGCCAAUCUAGAAAUAAGAUCCUGCCUGGUGUUAGCAUCCACAAUCAAUCUGAUGACAAUAAACUUGUAUCAAAUAGCAUUAGUACAUCUCAUCUCGGAACAAGUGGAAGCCUAGUUCUUGAUCACAGCAUAAAUUCUGUAAACAUUCCAUUGCCUGAUGAAAGCCAAAUAAAUGGUAGAAUAAAUAGUUCUUCUGAGGCAGUAUCUGUUCCUUGUUCUCUCCCAAACGUGAAGUUAACAGCAGAUGUCAACCAUAGUACUCAUCAGUCUUUGAUUGAGCUUCAAAAGGCUGAAACAUUGAAAACAGAGGAGGUUUCUUCUGUGCCAGAUCAAUUAGUUAUUGGUCAUACGUCAAAAGGCUUUGACAGUGGACAAUUUUCCAAAGAUGUGAAGAUUACUGGAGAUAGUUUGGCUCCUAAUGAACAAAAGAUGGAUGAUGAACUCUUACAGGCCCUUAACAUUCCAUUUUUUAAUGCAAAUGAACAUGCGUUUUCUAGUGACCAUUUCCCUGAUUUUGUACUUGACUGCCAGAACCUUAAUAUUAAUACUCAGUCUGCAGGAUCUGGAAAUGCCAAACUCGAACAAUAUACCCAACCUUCAUCAGGGGAUGACUUGUUCGAUAUUUUGGGUAUGAAUUUGAAAAACAAGCUACUUAAUUGCCAUGGGCUGGACAAAGUUAUGCAAGAUAUUCAUCAGUCUACUUCAACAUUUACAGGCUCAAAGGAUUUGGAUUCUAGUUUAUUUUCAGCAAAAGAUGGAAUAUCAGACAGUGGUAUAUUUUCUGGGACGGGUACAGACCAUCUUCUAGAUGCUGUGGUAUCUAGGGCGCAGUUUUCUGCCAAGCAAAGCUCAGAAGAUAAUUUUUCUUGCAGAACGUCUUUGACAAAGAUCAGUAGCUCUUCAGUACCUAGUAGUUCACUUUCCUAUGCACGUGGAAACUUGUCAAAUCAUAUGCCAGGGGAAAAAUUUCAGCUUCCUGAGCCUCUGAAUAAACCAGGGAUGGUAAAAACAAGUUCAUUUAAAUCUGGGUGUAGCAGGGAUGACGCAGGAAACUGUUCCCAGACUUCUGGUUAUGGAUCACAAAUCAGUUCCUGGGUUGAGCAAGGCAGUUCUAUGAAACAUGAUAAUAGUGUUUCAACUGCUUAUUCUAAGAGGCCUGAUGAAAUUGGAAAAUCUAAUCGCAAAAGGCUUAAGCCUGGAGAGAACCCUAGACCCAGACCCAAAGAUCGCCAGAUGAUCCAAGAUCGUGUGAAGGAGUUGCGCGAGAUUGUACCAAAUGGGGCAAAAUGUAGCAUAGAUGCAUUGCUUGAACGCACUAUCAAGCACAUGCUCUUCCUGCAAAGUGUCACAAAGCAUGCUGACAAGCUAAAGCAAACUGGGGAGUCAAAGAUUAAUAACAAGGAGGGUGGAUUGGUUUUAAAAGACAACUUUGAGGGUGGAGCAACAUGGGCUUUUGAAGUUGGCUCACAAUCUAUGAUCUGCCCGAUCAUAGUCGAGGAUCUAAACCCCCCUCGUCAGAUGCUUGUGGAGAUGCUUUGUGAAGAGCGAGGUUUCUUUCUAGAAAUAGCUGAUUUAAUCAGAGGGAUGGGUUUGACCAUCUUGAAGGGGGUAAUGGAAGCUCGCAAUGAUAAAAUAUGGGCUCGAUUUGCAAUAGAGGCAAAUCGGGAUGUUACAAGAAUGGAAAUAUUUAUGUCGUUGGUUCAGCUUUUGGAGCAAACCGUAACAGGUGGUGCUUCAUCAGCUAAUGCCAUUGAAAACAAAGGUUUGAUGGUCCACGAAUCCAUUCCCCAUGCUGCCCCUAUAGUCGCAACUGGUAGGUCUGGUAGUAUGCAGUGAACCAACCACCUGUGCUGUUUUGUAGAUUCUUGGUCCGGAUAUGUUGAGAGCAAGAACAGUUUUUGCUUGCCAUGACUAGCAUAAAUUCCAGCCCAAGCUUUCAGGUUGUUCUAACUUCGGCUAACUUCGUCUCUUCACAAGCCAAUUCAUGACUGACCUCACUUCAAGCGUGUGGAGAUUUGUUAAAUUAGUGAUGAAGAAAAGCUCCCCGAAAAUUUCCAAUCAUGUUCAUGUUUGGUUUCUAGAUAUGCCAUAUGUUUUGAUCAUCCACCUAGAAAAAAAAUUUAGCCAUUGUAGGCAGUUUUUUGAGGAAACUAGUGAUCAUUUUUUCCACUUGUGUUAGAUAGACAGGAUGGUUGCAGGAUAAUGGGUGUGGGCUCUGUUAAAAAAAAUGUAUAGAGAAAGUGGGAUAUUGGGGUUGCAAGUGUAAUUUAAGAACUUUGGAUUCUCUUUUGGAUUUCUAUUGGGGUAUUUUAGUUUUUGUAUCAUUUUAUAAAAUUCUUGCAAUGAUAUGAAUAUUUGUCUUUCCAUAA